AACUUAAAUAUUUAUUGACAAGAACCAUAACCUACAAAAAAAAUCAUUAUUUAAGAGUGCUAAUAACGUAAAUAAUAAAAAAUGUUGAUGAAUUCUGGAAUUCUCAAUGGAAGCAGAAGCGUUUCCAAUGGACUCAAGUACUUCCACACUUCAUCAUGCUGCAGGGAAAUCCAGAAGAUGACCAAGCUGAGAGUUGUUGAUAACAGUGAGAUUGGUAAACGAGCCAUGGCCGAAGGAAAACCACCCAAAUGCAUACAUGUUUACAAUAAGACAGGCAUUGGGAAAAUAGGUGAUAAGGUGUUAGUUGCUAUUAAGGGUGAGAAGAAAAAGGGGAUUUUGGUUGGUCUGAAGCAAAAUCAGAAGACGAAAGUUCCGAAAUUCGAUAGCAACAAUUUGGUUUUAAUCGAUGAAAGUGGAACGCCUGUUGGGACGAGGAUACACGUACCGAUUCCAACAAUCCUGAGGACGAUAUUGAAAGAGAAAACGCAGUCGAAGGGCGCCGAUUACACGAAGAUUUUGGCGAUAGCCUCGAAAUUUGUAUAGUGUAUAGAAAAGCUCUUA